GGCUAAAGUGGUGGGAACUUAAAACACUGUUUAGUCUCUUUGAGUAAACCAGCAAAACCGUCGCGCACAGAAUACUCAACAACAAUCGCCAACAAUGAUCUUGCCAACCCGCAAGCUAGCCACGAUGGCAACUACCUCUCACACGAUGCGGCGGUACUUGUCGUGUACGCCGAUGUCAUCGAACGCGGUUCGGGGAAUCACGAGCAACAAUCGCCUCCCGGAAGCUUCCGUGGCGCCUCCCGCCGUUCGCUCCCCAAUAGCAAGGACCGCCAUUUCCAGGAGGACGGUGCACGUCGAACACCAUCCGCGUCCGGAUGCGAGCAACGGCAAGGACAGCAGCGGAGAGCCGAACACGGCAGCGACACGGACCGCUGCGCCCAAGCCCCGUUCCCGCCGGAGCCGGACCACCCGGAAGCGCGCCUCGUCGUCCUUCCAGGACAAAACCGUCCUCUCCUACAAGGAAUUCGUCCACCGCUUCGCGGUACUCUCCCUGUACCGCGGGUACCUCCGGUGCAUCCGCGACUCGAUGCCCCACAACCAGGACGACCUGGCCGAGCAGGUCAAGCGGGAAUUCCGGAUCCACAGCACAGAGUCCGAUGCGUUCACCGCACGGCGGUUCCUCUCGGAGGGCCAGAAGCAGUUCGAGGAGCUCAAGGAAUUUACGGGGCAAUCCAACAAGUACGAAGGGGAAUCGUGGAUCAACACGAAGGACGCCGAGGACCCCCGGGGGCGUGUCGGAACCGGCUGGCCUUGGGCGAAACAAAGUGAAACGAAAUGAAAUAAAACAAAGCAACGAGU